AUGGAGCACAUAGAUCACUUUGACAAUCUUUGUGAUUCCUAUGGAGUUUUUGACUUUGAGAAGAAGAUGAUGCUAUUCAGCACAUCACUAGCUGGACCAGCACUAGAUUGGGCGCAGCAUGAACCACUCUCUACAAUCGAGUCAUGGAUCGAUUUUAGAGAAGCUUUCUUGGAAGAGAUUUGCAAGGAACCACCUUUCAAAUCCAAGUACACCACUACUCUCAUCAGCUGGAGAGAGAGCGUGAUGAAGAAGAAUGGGGAGGCAUACCACCUCAUCCUGAAGUUCUGA